CGAAACGCAGCAAUUCCAUGAAAGAUUUGAAGACUGUUAUACGCACUCGAUACUUCCGCCACCACCAGGGCACCCGUGCUCACGUUCUGCGUCACGUUACUCCAGCCAAAUAGGUCCUAAACAACCAAAUCAUGAUCGUAAUUAUUUCAAUUAUCAAUCCGAUUAUUCUGAAAUACCCCGUCAGUAUUAUGAAGAAAGCUUAAUGCCUCCACCGUUGCCCCCGCACAAAGUGAAAAAGAAAUCCGUCCUCAAAAGCCCAUUAGUAGCAAUAAAAAAUGCUUUCAUAAAAACAACAAGACCUCUGAGGCGUAUGCAUAGCAUGGUUGAGCCAGAAAGAACUCCGAAAUUAUCGGUCAAGCGUCAACAUUCAAUGCUUGAACGGGGUAUGGAAAGGCCCUUUUAUCCUGAUGACUAUCCAACCUAUCCAUCUGGCUUUGAAAGACGGUACUACGAUGAAUCACGCAGAGAACACUAUUAUCCUCAACCGUAUGAAGCACAGUACCACCAAGAUCUAGUGAAUAUCACCUAUAGAAACCUAGAAAGCGAGGAUAUGUAUGGUAACAUGGGGGCAGUGCUUCAUAUGCAAAGAGGAAUACAGGAAGAAUAUAACACUACUAAUUAUGAAGAUUUAUAUGCAAAUAGAGCUUUUAUUGAUCUGGAGCGAAGGCAAGCAGAGGCAGUUGCAGCUUCGAAUCGAAAUGGUCGUAGACUAAUACGGCGUCAUAGUACUACUGCUGCCGAUCGCAUGAUCAACAAGCGGCUAAUAUCAGAACCAACUGAACCGGUUUAUGGCCAAGAAGAAAUAUACGAAAGAACUUUUGAUCAUUUUAUGUUACAUAAUCAGCUUAAAGCCCCAAAUUCAGAUAUUAUGACAAGAAGACAUUUAUAUAUCGCUUCACCAAAUGAAAGCAUAGAACCGGUUGACCAAUCACACAGAGAAGUACAAAGUCGAAUUAAUCGAAAUUACUUGAACCAUUGUAAACCAAAGCGCGAUGACAAGUCAGAUCGUGAAUCCAUUUACCAAAGUAGACGGGAAGUCCAGGAGGGUGCGUUAAAGACACGUGCUCAGUUGAGAGAACAAAUUUACCAAACUCGAAGGGAAGCCUUAGAUAGCAUGGCUGAACCCAUAUAUGUGUCAAGGAAGAAGGGUGCUGGUCGACCGGAGCCCAUCUACGAAUCGAAAGAAGAAAACGUUUUACAAUCUAAUGAAAAUGAGACUGAUGAGAAAAAGGAAGAGAAGACAGAAAGUACUGCUUACGAAAUUAAUCAGAGUGAGGGUAGUUUAAGUCAAUCGGAUCUACAAAAGUCAUCCGAUACAGUCAUAGCAAAUACAUUAACACAAUCCGAAAACUUACAAAUAGGCAAAGCGCCACUUGUUCAGGGUGAGGAUGUAUAUGAUGACUUGGAAGAUGGCGAUGACGAAGGUGAAAAAACACAUCAACCUUCUAAUUUCUCUGACAAAAACAAUGAUAUUGCAUUGCAAACUUUAUUUAUAGAAGGACCACCGAUUAAACCUUUGGAUCCACAAAAGCCAACACAAAUCAGCAACAAUCGCUUUCCGCGCGUAUCAUUCCAUAUUUCAAACAUUCUAAAGCAUACUGGCCCUCCACUCAACACUGCAAAAGCCGAAAGUAGCACAUCUCUCGAAACCCAGUACACAUCUCAAGGCAGUUUACCUGUUGGUCCGCCCAAAGCAAGUAGUACACCAUACACUAGUAAUAUGUCCUUGCCAAUUGCCGGCCCAGUAUCCUUGUCUACGCCAGCUGCUGCUGGCUUUUCGCCCACAGAAACAUUUCCAUCCAAUCCUCGAGAGCCAGCCACCACUCGUGGAAUUUUCGAUUCAAACGGAGGAACAUUAGCUGAUAAUGUUUGGAAUGUUUCACUGCAGAUACCACCAGGUGCCAUACCAAGUGGCGUGAGUCAGGAGAUAUAUUUUACAGUCAGUGAUCCACGCUUGGGAGAAGCAGUUGACGGACCGCCGUUGGAUAUGGAAAACGGUGAAACAAUGCUAUCUCCUUUGGUAAUGUGUGGUCCACAGGGACUCGAAUUCUUAGCGCCUGUGACAUUAAAUAUUCCGCAUUGUGCGGGCCGAACAGCAUCAUUGGGAUUGGCGUUGAAAGCUACAGACAGUGAAAAAAAUUUGCACACAGAAUGGGACAAUAUCGAUUUGCCAAGCAAUGCCGCGGCUCAUACAGUUUCAGUAAAAGUGGAUCAUUUCUAGCACAUUCAUUUUUUAAUCUAAUUUUAUACAAAUUUACAUAUACAUAUAUAGCCGACAUAUACAUACAGUGUAGUCAUAAGUCAUAAAUACUUCACAAAAUUUUUUGAAUAAAAAACGUGUCCGUAAACUCCGAAACAGAUAUGUAUUAAGUAACCAUAUAUUAUACAAGUAGGUUUAGCAUCUUUAUAAAUACAAAUGCGUGAAUACGUGUGCCUUUUUUAGGUCUUUAAUCUAACAUUAUGCAUAUAUUAUAAAAGCCGCAAAAUAAACGAAAAUGAAUGCAUACAAAAACAUAAA